AUGGGACCGAGCCGCAUUACACCAACAUCGCCCAAAACCUCACUUUCAGCAGCACAAUAUCACUGUAAGCUAGGUUAGUUGGUGCAACUUGCUUGUUAAGUUCAUGAAUAAAUUAGAGAAUUUUUUUCUUUCCGCCCCUUUUUAUGACUUUAAAACUCAAAUGUAGCAUUUCACAAAAGAAAAACAUGUUUUACACUAACAGGGGGAAAAGUACCUAAAGUAAACAAUUACCCAACAAAAUGCUAAAGCCUAAUGUGGAUACGUCAUAGCUCUAUGUUGAACACUCGGGCAAACGAGUGUAUCACAGGUUUCACCUCGUACGAUGGAUCCUCGGUUGAUUUCCGCUACUUCGGAUCUAAGGCAUCUGCUAGGCAACACUAGCUUUGCUGCAAUACACCACUUGGCAGAGCACUACGUCACUGUUACGGCAUUCCCAUUAAAAUGUAUCCAUCCACAACGAAAUAAAAGGACUUCGUCAUUACCUUUACUAAAGAAUAUUAAUUUUCUGCGUUUCGGAAUGAUAAUAAACAUCUAAUGAAUCCCAGUCAACGUUCCUCGUACAACAAACACUCAAAUUCGCUUUCUGCAUCGCAGGAAGUUGAAGGAGAUGAACAGGUGUGGACCGAUGAUCAAUCCAAUAUUUCUUCCGAUUGUAGUCACAGCAGUUAUAUCUCGCGUACGCAUGAAUGGAGCCCGUUUAUUGCGGAUAAUUCCUUGUUUUAUGUAAAGUUUGAUUUGGUUUACCAUUCAAAACCGAUUAUAUUCGACGAUGAUUUAUUUUUUCGAAAUGAGUAUAAAAGAUUGUCCAUCCGGAAGAAGGAGAAUAUAUUGUCCAAGUUUGGUCAAAGGGAAAAGAAUAAACACAAACUUUUCAAAGUAAGCGUAAUUGACACUAUUAAGAAGGAACAGUUGAAUGGACUUAACAAGGAAAUUAUUAUCAGUAUUGCACCGAAGAAAAAUACCGUUCUUAAAGAUAUACUUCCCUUGACCGAAACUAUACUCGGCAUUACCACAUCAUUGUUUCCGGAUGGAAGAAAACUAAUGGUUGAUAAGAUAAAGGACUAUUCAGUAUUCAACAGAGGAAAACUUGUAAAAUCAAAAGAUUGGAUUAAAUCUAUUGACACUGAGAUUGUAACUGUAGACAACUUGGAAUCCCUGCUAGAAAGUUCUACCAAAAUUCCCACCAUCAUCAAAAUUACGUUUUUCGAAAUGGUUGAGCAUGACAUCGCAAAUGCGAUUGAAAUUAAGAUAACAAGUCUGAUGGAUUUGAUUCAAAGUCAAGAGACGCUCUUCAAUAAAGACGACAUACAGACCAUGAGUAGUAAUGAUUUGAUUUUCAGUAUGAUUUACAUCUCAAACGAAUAUACUCAAAACGACGAACUGGACGUAAAGUUUUGCUAUCCAGCAAGAGAUAAUAAUCCACUCUACAAUUCCAAAGGAAGUUUUGUUACAUUGAAUUCAAUAUUCAACUCAUCUUUCGAAACAAAAACCCUAAUGACAAAUUUGAAAAUCCGGAACGUCCUUUACUACACGACGUACAACUUUUUCGAAGAUGGUAUUCUAUUGUUUGGAUUUAACUCGAAAUACUCUUCUUUAUUUUCGGUAAAACAAAAAAGCGAGCAAAUCUGCCGACUACUGAACAUUCUAUAUCACGAUAGCUCAAUUAUUUUCAAUAAACCGGUGGAACUUCAAACUGAAUUGAUGCAGCUGUGCGAGUUAAUACGCCAUUCCAUAAAAACUCACAGGAGUCUAGAUAAGUUUGAAAAAACUUUUCAUCAGCCACAUUUCAUCCCUUUGCCUAAGGAAAUUCAGCUUCGAAUCGACGAUGCCUUAGGAGAACUAGAGGCGAUGGACUAUCGCAACUGGAACGAUGAAUUGGUGGAUUUAUUCUGCGAUGUAACGAUCAUCGGAUGCUGUCUCUAUUACAAUCAAUAUCUGGUAUGCUCACAUAUAAAUGGAUCUUUUUUGAUGGACGUUGAGGCCGUAUUAAAAAAUUUCGGCAUAUUUGAAGUUAUUUCGACUACGAAUAUAAAAAAUCUUGCUAUUUGGCGUAAAUUUUACCCCACAGAAUACUGCGAAUACAAAUUUCACGAAUCAAACGACGCCUAUCUCAUGCUGGUCUGUAUUGGUCACCUGUUGAUGGUUGUUAUUUUAGAAGUUCCCAUCAAUACAAACCACAACAAAUCACUUUCGCGUUAUAUUGAUGAAAUACAGGACAUGCUAGAAUAUUUCAAAUCAACUGGUAUUGAGAAUCUUGUUAGAAUUUGGAUCGAUUCUAACCGUCGACCACAGUGUAUCUCUACGUCCGCCUCCAAGCAGGAAUGUACAGUAGAAGAACAACGUACGACAACAAGAAACCACGAUGAAGAAUCGAACGCUUCCAGUUCUAUUAAGAAUCAUCCCCUGAAGGAAGACGGUAUCAACGACCACGAUGAUGAUGAUGAUUCCGAUUGGGGCCAUAGCUUGGACAGCAGCCAGAGAAGCAGUAGUUUCGAUAUCAACGAAAUUUCUGAAAACCGCUGUAAGGAAUUUUCCGAACUUAUUCCUAGUAUGUUGACGUUUGGCAGCGAGAACCUCCUCUACUACUUCGUUCAACUGGAAAAUGGAGACGGCAUAUUCUUAGCUCCUGUGCUUAGUUCCACGAAUGUAAAACACGAUACAAUCAUGAACACAUUUCGAAAAACUAGUACAUUAAUCCACAAUACAUUACAAAACACAAAAAGAUUUCGCGAUUUACUUUCAAAUGACUCGAACAAAGUUGCAAGCACCCAUCGAUCAUUGGUAGCAAUUAAAGAACAAGGAAUGCUAAUGUCUGUCCCAAAAGAAACUACACCCAGUGAAAGAAUCGAAUUUUGGGUGCUUGGAAGACUAUUUAAUACGCCACCUAGGGAAUUAUACGUUUGUCAUCGGGCGGAUGCGCCGCAGAAUAUGAUAGAACUUGCAUUUCGAAUCUGUUUAACGUGCGCAGGAUGAACGUGUUUUUUUUCUAAUGUGUUUAGCCUGAGACGAAUCUGAGUCAAGUUCGAACCGCCAGAGGUGUCAAAAUAUAUAAAUUGCCAACAAUUUGGGUUAGAUUCUUAUUGAAUUUUAGGGUCCAGCUAAAGCGGCACAUGUCCAUCAUUUGUCUCCGUCUAUAAACUUCUAAAUAUGUAUCAUUUCAAUUGAUGAAUAAGUUUUAAGUUACGAGUUCGAAAAUAAAAUUUUAAGUGGAACAUACAAAA